AUGAGGGUCAGCGGCUCUCAGGAUAGGCUUGACACACGUGACCCUCACCAGACCAAUGACCAGCAACAGACCCGUGACCCGCACCAGACCAGUGACCCGCACCAGAACCGUGACCCGCAACAGACCCGUGACCCGCACCAGACACGUGACCCGCACCUGACCCGUGACCCGCAACAGACCAGUGACCCGCACCAGACCAGUGACCCGCACCGGAUCCGUGACCCGUACCAGACCAGUGACCCGCACCAGACCCGUGACCGCACCAGACCCACCAGUGACCCGCACCAGACCAGUGACCCGCACCAGACCAGUGACCCGCAACAGACCCGUGACCCGCACCAGACCCGUGACCCGCACCAGACCCGUGACCCGCACCAGACCAGUGACCCGCACCGGAUCCGUGACCCAUACCAGACCCGUGACCCGCACCAGACCAGUGACCCGCACCAGACCAGUGACCCGCACCAGACCAGUGACCCGCACCGGAUCCGUGACCCGUACCAGACCAGUGACCCGCACCAGACCAGUGACCCGCACCAGACCCGUGACCCGCACAAGACAGGCGAGAAACCAUUACAGCCACAAACAUCAGAACAUUUAGCAGCUGUAGAAAUCAUGAAGCUGAAACAUAUACUAAUCCUACAAAAUAAAAUUGAUCUUGUAAAUGAAUCACAUGCCAAAGAGCAGUAUGAACAUAUUCAAGCAUUUGUUAAAGGAACUGUGGCCGAAGGGGCUCCAGUGGUUCCAGUAUCAGCACAGCUGAAGUAUAACAUUGAUGUAAUAUGUGAAUACAUCAUCAAAAGGAUCCCCGUGCCUGUCAGAGAUUUCCUCUCAGAGCCCAGGCUUAUUGUAAUUCGAUCCUUUGAUGUGAACAAACCUGGAUGUGAAGUUGACGAUAUACUGGGUGGUGUUGCUGGUGGUUCAAUCCUCAGAGGAGUCCUAAAGGUAAACCAAGAGAUAGAAGUAAGGCCUGGAGUAGUGUCAAGAGAUCAGGAUGGCAAGCUAACAUGCCGGCCAAUUCUUUCAAAAAUUAUCUCACUCUAUGCUGAACAGAAUGAUUUACAGUAUGCAGUACCUGGUGGUUUGAUAGGUGUUGGUACAAAAAUGGACCCAACUUUAUGCAGAGGAGAUCGCUUGGUUGGUCAAGUACUGGGGGCAGUUGGUGCACUGCCUGACAUCUUUACAGAGCUGGAGAUUUCCUUCUUCCUCCUUAGAAGAUUGCUUGGAGUCAAGACAGAGGGGGAUAAGAAGGCUGCUAAGGUACAAAAACUGAGUAAAAAUGAGAUAUUGAUGGUCAACAUUGGCUCGUUGUCUACUGGAGGUCGAGUGUUAGCUGUUCGUGCUGAUUUAGCAAAAAUUGGUUUAACAACACCUGUGUGCACUGAGGUCGGGGAGAAAAUUGCCCUAAGCAGACGUAUAGAGAAGCACUGGAGGCUGAUUGGCUGGGGUCAGAUUAGAAAAGGUGUUAAGAUUACACCUGAAUCCUAGUCAGCUGACCAGCGACUCCCACAUAACCUGAUACACAUUGUCCUGUAUACAUAAGGGCCGUUCAUGUGCUGAGCCAAUUUUUUUCUUCUCUAACUCUAUCAGCUUGUGUGCUGGAGAAUUUUAGUUUGGUUUCAGAUAAAUAAAAUCUUGACA